AACUGUUUCCUGAUUAAAGUGAUCAUAUAACAAACACAAGCAAAAUCAUCCGCAUUUAUCCUCCCACUCCACCGCUUGCCCGAUCGCAGUCCGCCGCUCCUCGCCCUCUCGCUCUCCUCCCACAGUUCGCCGCCGGAUGUUGUUCUGAAGAGAUGGAAUCAGGGUCCAAAACCGAGGAAAAUGUUGGUUACAGCAGCAUCACUGCCAAGAAAGCCCAGCUACAGUCUAUGCUCUCUGCUCUUCUAGAUGAUCCGAUAUUGUUCGAUGUUCCUAAGAAACCUACACUUGCAGAUGUUGACACCUUAAUAAAUUUGGAGCUCGGCAGUGCAAUGAAAAUAUCUGUCACUAAGGUGGACAAUACCUCUUUUGAUGUCGCAGUUCUGAACUCUGCUACUGUCAAGGAUUUGAAAUUAGCAAUCAGGAAGAAAAUAAAUGAAAUAGAGCAAGCCAAAAUGGGUCAUCGCCACAUUUCAUGGAGGCAUGUCUGGGCAAAUUUUUGCCUUGCUCACCAUAAUGAGAAGCUCAUUGAUGACAAUUCUAUGCUCACUGAAUAUGGCAUACAUAACAAUUCUAAGGUACACUUUUUUCCUUGCGUCGUGUCUCGGGCAUCCCAUAAACAUUCCAAGAGAAAGAAACACCGGUUUUUUCAUGGUCUUAGUAAACGAUCAUAGGGUAGCCAGUCCUUUUUCUCUAUCUCAGACUAUUUUUCCUAAACUUGUAUUAAAUCAAAGAAUUGCCACAAACAUAAGCAAGCGGAGAUAUUUGAGAUAAGAACGUGAGUUCGAUCACCUUGUUACA